GUGAGUCUCAUAAGGAGUGAAAAUUCAGGUUCGAUGUCUUCGAUGUCAGAGACCUACUCUCAGCAACUACAACUUUGAUAAAAUUGUAGAAGCAGAAGCAGAAAUCCGCUCUCAGAGAAGCCUACAAGAACAAAAAGUAUCUGUCUCUCGAUCUUCGCCCUAAGAAGACUCGCGCUAUCCGUCGCUGUUUAACCAAACACCAGUACAUGGAUAUUCAAGAGUAUGACUCCGGUGAUGGAAGUGACGAUGAGAGUUCUUCGACUAAGGUGUUCACUAUUCUUCAAGUUGUGAAAUUUGCUACAUUAGUCUUUCAAUGGCAUGAACAACACAUGGUGAAAGAGCCCAGCCUUGACUUUUCCAUAGCACGCGAGUUAUAUGUAAGACGGCUCUAUUAUGGAAGUGACAGAACUUGUAAGGAACAACUUAGAUUGACUAGGCAUUGCUUUACUGUGCUAUGUUUUAAGCUAAAAGAGAUAGGUUUGAAAACCACAAGAAAUAUCACGGUUGAAGAAGUAGUAGCCAUGUUUCUAUAUGUCAUCUCUUUUAAUUUAACAAACCGUAAAGUCGGCUUUGAUUUCAUUAGAUCCGGAGAGACUGUUAGUAGAUACUUCCAUAUAGUAUUAAAUACUAUACUAAAAUUAGGAAGUCAUUAUGUUGUCCAACGAGAAACAGUCAUGGAUGGCUUCGAAGAUGAAAAAUGGGAUUGGUUUGAAAACUGUCUCGGGGCACUUGAUGGAACACACGUUGAAGUAAGUGUUCCAUUGAAUGAUCAAGGAAGAUACAGGAAUAGAAAGGGUAGGAUAACAACCAAUGUUUUGGCUGUGUGUUCUCGUGAUUUGAGCUUUACAUACAUUUUACCUGGAUGGGAAGGAUCUGCAGCAGAUAGCAGAGUAUUACGAGAUGCACUUACUAGAAAUUAUCCAUUCAUAGUACCUAAAGGUAUGUUCUAG